UACGGUGUCUGGGAUUUGUAGUUCCGACUCCUACCCUAACUCAGGCGCGGGUCGGCGGUUUGGAGUUCCGAAGCCGUCCCCGACUUCGGCUCUUGGCUGGGAGGAUGGAUCUAGGACCCGGGACCGACACGGCCCCGCUGACUGGCCUGGCCUGGUCGUCGGCCUCGGCGCCUCCGCCGCGGGGAUUCAGUGCGAUCUCCUGCACUGUGGAAGGGGCGCCCGCCAGCUUCGGCAAGAGCUUCGCGCAGAAGUCUGGCUAUUUUUUGUGCCUCAGUUCUUUGGGCAGCCUAGAGAAUCCGCAGGAGAAUGUGGUGGCCGAUAUCCAGGUCCUGGUUGACAAGAGCCCCCUCCCACCGGGCUAUUCCCCGGUCUGCGACCCCCUGGACUCCAAGGCCUCUGUGUCCAAGAAGAAGCGCAUGUGUGUGAAGCUGGUGCCCCUGGGGGCUGCAGACAUGGCCGUGUUCGAUGUCCGGCUGAGCGGGAAGACCAAGACAGUGCCUGGAUACCUGCGAGCAGGGGACAUGGGGGGCUUUGCCAUUUGGUGCAAGAAGGCCAAGGCCCCAAGGCCGGUGCCCAAGCCCCGAGCUCUCAGCCAGGACAUGCGGGGCCUCUCCCUGGACCCACUUGCCCAGCCCAGCAAGGGUGGCUUUCCAGAGCGGACCCUGUCCAGGUUAGGCUCUCGGGCGUCUACUCUGCGGAGGAACGACUCCAUCUAUGAGGCCUCCAACCUUUACGGCAUCUCAGCCAUGGAUGGUGUUCCCUUCACACUGCACCCCCGGUUCGAGGGCAAGAGCUGUGGCCCCCUGGCCUUCUCUACCUUCGCCGAUCUGACCAUCAAGUCGCUGGCAGAUAUUGAGGAGGAGUAUAACUACGGCUUCGUGGUGGAGAAGACUGCAGCUGCACGCCUACCCCCCAGCGUCUCGUAGCUCUUGGUCAGCUCCAGGGAAGAGCCCCCUGCCUGACAGCCCCGACACCCCGGGACUGGCAGCAACCCCACCCUGCAGCAUCUUGGGAACCUUGGCGGUGCAGGGCGUUCUACAGCCUCAGUCACCCAACAGAGCCACAGCCCUGGUGAAGGAGCCAGACCGACCGGUCUGCUUGGUGUUGGGGUCUCUCGCCCCCGGGGCCCUGCAGGGCAGGGGUGGGGGCUGGAUGGAAACCAGUGCCUUCAAAUCAUUUGUGUCAAAACUCUUUGGUGCCCGGAGGCCACGCAGGCGUCCUCCUGGCAAUAAACACCACCCUUUGCCCAC